UCCAACCCAAAUCAAUGUCUCAAAAUUAAACCACCAAAAUUAAAUCUUAUAGAACCAAAAUGAAUUUUUUCCAAUAUUCCACCACAAUCUUCUUCAUUAGUAUCACUUUCUUGCUCUUUUUACCUUCUUCAAAACCAAUUUCCAAUUACAACACAUUAGUAUACAAAACAUGUUCAACACAAACCUUCAACCAUGAAUCUUAUUCUCAAUCACUAGAUUCCUUAUUCCAACAACUCAUAACACAAUCAUCUCAACACAAAUUCUUCAAAACCAACGAAGCUAUCAACGACCACACCUUCAUAUCCGGCUUUUUUCAAUGUAGAAACGACAUCAACAACGAAGAUUGUUUCACAUGUGUAACAUCUUUACUUCCUCAUAUAUCAAACACCUUGUGCAACGAUUCCACGUCCGCACGAUUACAACUUCAAGGUUGCUACGUUCAAUAUCGAACGGAACAAUUUCAAGAAAAAACUAUUCGUGAAUCCAAAAACAACGAAAUGUUCCACAAGAUUUGUCGAGUACCUGUUGUAGAAUAUUAUGUUGAGUUUAAAGAGUUGAUGGAAGAAGCAUUUAUGAUGCUUGAAAAUGGGAUUAUAAAUAGUGAUGGGUUUUAUGCAAUGGAUUAUAAAAAAGUGAAAUUGAUGGCACAGUGUGAAAGUGGUUUGAGAACUUGUGAUUGUAGUGAAUGUGUUAAUGAUGCAGUUAUGGUUGCCAAGGAAGAAUGUGACGGUUCAGCUUCAGCAAAAAUAUAUUUUGAUAAGUGUUUUAUAAGCUAUACAUAUAUGCUCAAAUCAGGUAAUGGUGAUGAUGAUAGCUAUGUUCCAGGGGCAAGCAGAAACAACAACAGUCAAAAGUCCCAAAAAUUGAUAGCAAUAAUAGUUGGAGGGGCUGCAACUCUGUUUUUGGGUCUGAUAUUUGUCUCCCUACUUAACUCUCGGCUUAGAAAAGAUGACUAUGAGUAGAGUGAUUUGGAUUAUUAUCUGAUUAACUAAUUAAAUAAAAGGGAAAUACUAAACUGGAAUUCUAACACAGUUGUAAUGUUUUAUUUUUUUUUAAUGAGUGUGAUUUUUCUCCCUUAUAAGGAGAUCCACUAUCUCUCAUUCUGUUAUGUU